AUGGAGACAUGGGCGAAACAGUCAUCCACAAAUGACUUCAUCCUCUUGGGCAUCUUCUCCCACAGUACUGCUGACCUUGUCCUCUUCUCUGUGGUUAUGGUGGUCUUCACAGUGGCCCUCUGUGGGAAUAUCCCCCUCAUCUUCCUCAUCUACAUGGAUCCUCAACUUCACACCCCCAUGUACUUCUUCCUCAGCCAGCUCUCCCUCAUGGAACUCAUGUUGGUCUGUACCAAUGUGCCAAAGAUGGCGGCCAACUUCCUGUCUGGUAGGAAGUCCAUCUCCUUUGUGGGCUGUGGCAUACAAAUUGGCCUCUUUGUCUGUCUUGUAGGAUCCGAGGGGCUCUUACUAGGACUCAUGGCUUAUGACCGCUAUGUGGCCAUUAGCCACCCACUUCACUAUCCCAUCCUCAUGAAUCAGAGGGUCUGUCUCCAAAUUACUGGGAGCUCCUGUGCCUUUGGGAUAACAGAUGGCUUGAUCCAGAUGGUGGUAGUAAUGAACUUCCCCUACUGUGGCUUGAGGGAAGUGAAUCAUUUCUUCUGUGAAAUGCUAUCCCUGUUGAAGCUGGUCUGUGUAGACACAUCCCUGUUUGAGAAGGUGAUAUUUGCUUGCUGUGUCUUCAUGCUUCUCUCCCCAUUCUCCGUCAUCAUCGCGGCCUCCUAUGCUUGCAUUCUAGGGACUGUGCUGCAAAUGCACUCUUCUCAGGCCUGGAAAAAGGCUCUGGCCCCCUGCUCCUCCCAUCUGACAGCUGUCAUCCUCUUCUAUGGAGCAGUCAUGUUCAUCUACCUGAGGCCUAGGCACUAUCGGGCUCCCAGCCAUGACAAGGUGGCUUCUGUCUUCUAUACAGUCCUCACUCCCAUGCUCAACAGCCUCAUUUACAGCUUGAGGAACUGGGAGGUAAUGGGGGCACUAAGGAAGGGGCUGGACCGCUGCAGGAUUGGCAGCCAGCACUGA